AGUAUCUGAGAGGGAUCCAACUUGACUCUCCGCCACUUCUGUCCAUUCAGAAAGAGAAGACCAUACCAAGGUCAGCCAAACAAUGGGUCUCCUUGCCUACUUCAUCCUUUGUCUUCUUGGCAUCUUCUUCACCAGUCCUUUCCUUCAAGUGGAGGCUGACACCUGUGCCACGGAAUGGCUGCAAAACCAAGGCAACUGCUAUGCUUAUUUUGAUCAGAAGUUGACAUGGCUUGAAGCAGAGAUCGAGUGCCAGAGCUAUGGCCGUGGGGCACAUCUUGCCUCCAUCCUUACCACAGCAGAGACGCUCCUGGUGGCUGAGCACAUCUCCACUUACCAACGGGGACUUGCUAAUGUCUGGAUUGGACUUCAUGAUGUCCAUCAGACCAGGAAGUGGAGAUGGGCUGAUGAAUCCACUUACAACUACAAAUCUUGGAUGAACUACCAACCAAAUAAUUAUGGCAACAAUGAGCACUGCGUGGAGCUGCGACGAUCCAUAGGCUUUAAACAAUGGAAUGACAUUCAAUGCAACGCACGCAAUGCCUACAUCUGCAAACAUGUGUUGUAAAGAUGACAAGCUUCUCCCAGUGCUUCCCAGGAUGCUGAUGUGAUGGGCUGCCUUCCCACUUAUUACCUCC